UAAAUGUAAAUUUCCUUUUUGGAUUUUUGACACACGUGACGGAAAAUUUAGUGUUCACGCAACUGGCAACGUUCACGAUCAACCCAUCCCCCAUUUCAAAGCCCCGUAAGAGAAUUAUAUCAAUUUGUUGUUUUUUGCAAAUUUAUUAAGGAAUAUGGAACAGAACAUGAAUCUGGAAAAGGCUGAUGCCCUCAAAGAAGAAGCCAAUGAAUGUUUUAAAAAGCAAAAUUACGUCAAAGCCAUAACGCUCUACUCCAAUGCCAUUGAGUGCAAUCCUACCUCAGCUGUCCUGUAUGCCAACAGGAGUUUUGCCUAUUUAAGGACAGAGUGCUUUGGUUAUGCCUUAGAAGAUGCAUCGAAGGCCAUCAGCCUGGAUAAAACCUAUGUCAAAGGUUACUAUAGAAGAGCCGCUUCUUACAUGGCUUUGGGGAAAACUAAGUUAGCCCUGAAAGAUUACGAAACUGUGUUUAAAGCCCGACCAAAUGAUAAAGAUGCUAAAUUGAAAUUUAACGAAUGCAGCAAAAUUGUUAGGCAACAAGCUUUUGAAAGAGCAAUUGCUGUUGAUACUGUGAAGAAAUCAGUGUCAGAAUCUAUUAACAUUGAUUCCAUGGCUGUUGAGAGCACUUAUACUGGCCCUCACCUGGUGAAUGGAAGAGUGACUUUAGAAUUCAUGCAAGAACUUAUGGAUGCAUAUAAGGAUCAAAAGAAACUUCACAGGAAAUAUGCCUUCCAGAUUCUGUUAGAGGUGGCAGAAUUGUUCAAAGCUCAACCAUCGCUUAUUGAUGUAACCAUACCUGAAGACAGCAAGUUUACUGUAUGUGGGGAUAUUCAUGGUCAGUUCUAUGAUCUCAUGAACAUUUUCAAACUCAAUGGUCUCCCGUCAACCGAAAACCCAUUCCUUUUUAAUGGCGACUUCGUAGAUCGGGGUUCGUUCUCUGUAGAAUGCAUCUUUACCUUGUUUGGGUUCAAGUUGCUGUACCCAAAUCACUUUUUUAUGGCGCGUGGUAAUCACGAGAGCCAAACAAUGAACCAAAUGUACGGGUUUGAAGGCGAAGUCAAGUCAAAGUAUUCGUCACAAAUGGCUGAGCUCUUCACCGAAGUUUACAAUUGGCUUCCUUUGUGCCAUUGUCUUAAUCAGCGAGUCCUGGUUAUGCACGGUGGACUAUUUUCGCGGGACGGUAUUUCAUUGGAAGACAUCCGGAUAACGGAUCGCAACCGUCAACCACCCGAAGAAGGUAUCAUGUGCGAACUGCUUUGGUCUGAUCCUCAGCCGAUGAAGGGUCGUUCUCCGUCUAAACGAGGUGUGGGAAUUCAAUUUGGACCGGACGUUACCGCCCGUUUCUUGGAGCAUAAUCAUCUAGAUUACAUAGUUCGCAGUCACGAAGUCAAGUCAGACGGCUACGAGGAAGCUCACGAUGGAAAAUGCAUCACCGUUUUCUCUGCUCCCAACUAUUGUGAUACCAUGGGUAACAAAGGGGCUUUCAUUACAAUGAACGGAAAGGACAUGAAGCCCCACUUUACAACUUACGAGGCCGUCCCCCACCCGGAUGUGAAGCCAAUGGCGUACGCCAAUUCAAUGAUGAGUCUGUUCGGUUGAUCUACUGUAACUUCUAAUCUUCCAGACCCUUUUGAAGGGAGAAAUUUAGGUGCACUAUUAUGUACAAUCCACAAACACAGAUUAAACAAAAAAAAUAAAAACAAAACAGGCUACUUA